AGUGAGAAGGAGAAGGAGAUAUUUCAGGCCCUCUGUCGCUGGUGUCACCACAACGGUGAUGGCCCAGAGGCAAAGGAAGUGAUGUCAGCAGUGCGCCUGCCCCUGAUGACCCUCUCGGAAAUGCUGAAUGUGGUUCGUCCCUCGGGCCUCCUCAGCCCGGACGACCUGCUAGAUGCCAUACAGACCCGCUCGGAGAGCAGAGACAUGGACCUCAACUACCGCGGUGUUGUAGUCCCCGAGGAGAACAUUGCCACUAUGAAGCACGGCGCUGUGGUGGUGAAGGGUGAGAUGAAGUCUACUCUUCUGGACGGAGACACGCAGAACUAUGAUCUGGACCAUGGCUUCUCAAGACACCCCAUAGAAGAAGACGGACGGGCCACUGGCAUCCAGGUCCGUUUGGGUCAAUCCUUCAUCAUCAACCACAUACGUCUACUGCUGUGGGACAAGGACAGCAGGUCAUACUCGUACUAUAUCGAGGUGUCUAUGGAUGAGCUGGACUGGGUGCGUGUGGUGGAUCACUCCAAGUCCCUGUGCCGCUCCUGGCAGCAUCUUUAUUUCCCAGCACGAGUCUGCAGGUUUAUUCGUGUUGUAGGGACACAUAACACUGUCAACAAAGUGUUUCACUUAGUGGCUCUGGAGUGCAUGUACACACACCAACCUUUUACCUUGGAGAAAGGCCUUCUGGUUCCCAGAGAGAACGUGGCGACCGUGCAGGGAUGUGCUAGUGUGAUCGAGGGUGUGAGUCGCAGCAGAAACGCCCUGCUCAAUGGGGACACAAGCCACUAUGACUGGGACUCGGGAUACACCUGCCACCAGCUGGGCUCUGGAGCCAUCGUUAUCCAGCUCGCUCAGCCUUACAUGCUGAGCUCAAUGCGGUUGCUGUUAUGGGACUGUGAUGAGAGGAGCUAUAGUUAUUACGUGGAGCUGUCCACAGACCAGCAGCAUUGGGUGAGAGUUGUAGACUGCACUAAGGUGGCGUGUAGGUCGUGGCAGACUCUAACAUUUGACAGACAGCCUGCAUCCUUUAUUCGUAUUGUGGGAACUCAAAACACAGCUAACGAGGUCUUCCACUGCGUUCACUUUGAGUGCCCCGCACAGGUGGACAUGGUUGUUAAAGAAGGAAGACCUGGACCAGAUCAGCUCAAACCAGAAUGCAGCUCCCAGAACUCAAAUUCACAGAGCCUGAUGUCCCAAAAACCCUCCAUGUCUCCGCCUAUAUAGACUGUGGAUGGAAGUAUGAAAAGACACACUUGAGACACUCAUCUUGAAAAGUUGUGUUCUCAAGGUUACGUGCUGCUAAAAAAAGAACUCUUUAUAUUUAUAAUGAGAAAAUACUUGAGCUGAUUAUAAGAUGAUGGUGAAUAUAAGAAUGACUGUCACGUGCACUUAUUUUAUUACGUUCAGAUAACUUUAAAAAACAUUAUAAUAAAAGUAUUACAGACCUAGUGUUUUUUAAAUACUCUCAGUUAUUAGACAUCUUACAAAUGUUUGUAAUAGAAAAGUACAUGAAAAUUAAAAAUAUAUUUUUUUAAAUCACCAUGUACUGCAUAGGCACAAAUAUAUGCAAAAUUAUUAACAGUAGAAUUUUAGGCUGUAUAGUAAAACUGAUGUUACUGUAAUAUAACAGCAGAAGUGUGAUGUAUAUAGAUUUAUAUAGGUUUAGCAUUGCGUUAGUAGUGCUAAAGGUUGUGGGUUCGUUUCCCAGGGAACACUCAUACUGGUAAAAAAAAAAAAUGUAUAGCUUAAAUUCAUAAAUGUAAUGUAAAUGUUAAUUCAUGUUUGUAUUCGUAACUUCUGCAAAAUGCCAGUUUGCACUAAAGUUUCAACAUCAGCAACAA